AGACACUGCAUCUUGAUGAGUCUUGGAUAUUUUGACUGUCUCUUUCCCAAUAGGGGCCCUAAUCCUGUUCGUCUGGAUCUGAAAAACAAUGUCCAAAUGGGUUCUUUCUUUCUUCUCUAGACCAUGUGGGUUUUCUUUAUUGGUCUUUUUAGUCUGGUAAAAUGUCCCAAUCUGUCCCUUCCCUAGUCUAAAUAUAGAAACAUUAAUUACCCUCCUCUUUUCUUUUUUUGGUUAAUUACCCUCGUCUUUGACUUGCUCAUUUUUGCUUUCUAUGCUGGUUUAUUCCGUGUGUUCUGUGUGUGAAGCCGUGAUUUUGAUUUUGAUUUCUGUUUCUCUCUCUAUAUAUAUUGAAUAAGCGAAGAAGAUACUAGGAGAUAUAUGUAGAGAGAGAGAGAGAGAGAGAGAGAUGGCGAGAGAGAAGAUUCAGAUAAAGAAGAUCAGUAACUCGACGGCAAGGCAGGUUACUUUUUCCAAGAGAAGAAGAGGGCUUUUUAAGAAGGCAGAAGAGCUGUCUGUUCUAUGCGAUGCAGAUGUUGCCCUCAUCAUCUUCUCCUCUGCUGGCAAGCUCUUCCAGUACUCCAGCUCCAGUAUGGAGGGUAUACUCGAAAGGCAUGACUUGCACUCAAAGAAUCUUGAUAAACUGGAGCAACCUUCUACUGAGCUGCAACUAGUAGAAGACACCAACUACACCAGAUUAAGCAAGGAAGUGGUGGAGAAAAGCCAUGAACUGAGGAAGAUGAGAGGAGAGGAGCUCCGAGGACUAAGUAUUGAGGAAUUACAGCAGCUAGAGAGAUCCCUUGAAGUUGGAUUGACCCGCGUGAUAGAGAAAAAGGCUGAAAAAAUCAUGAAAGAGAUCACCCACCUUCAACAAAAGGGAAUGCAACUUAUGGAAGACAAUGAGAAACUGAGACAGCAAGUAAUGGGAGUAUCUAAUGCUCGAAACAAUGUUGUUGCCGACUCGGAUAACAUGGUCUAUGAAGAAGGCCAGUCAUCAGAGUCUGUCACCAAUGUAUGCAACUCUACCGGCCGUGUACAGGACUACGAAAGCUCAGACACAAUCUCCCUCAAGUUGGGGUUACCUUACUCCGGCUGAAACGAGAAAGAGGAGAGAAAUUUGUGAAGAUUGACUAGGGUUGAUUGGAACGCUAGAUUAACUCCUAACUUUUCCAUAAUCCCAUAUUUACCAUUGUGCCAAUGUUCACUCUUAUGUACGUUAAUGCCAGCUGCUCUGUAGUAGUAUGUGGAAAUUGACAGGCGACUAGAAUGCUUUUUGUUAUAGUCCUAUUUUGAAUUAUGUUUCUCGUUCGA